GAAGCGUAUCUGGGUUGACGUGGGCUCCCUCUCCCUCCCCCCGCCUCCCUUCUCGUGCCCCUAAGCAAGCCUAACAUGCGCUCAGGUUGGCGGCGGGACGGGCUGGAACAUCGAGGCCAUGUCCGAAUUUGUCAACGUCCCCGAGUUCUUCUCCAGCGUGUACCUGGUCGACCUGUCUCCUUCCCUCUGCGAAGUGGCCCGCAAGCGGUUUGCCCGGCUCGGCUGGGCCAAUGUCAAGGUGAUCUGCGAGGACGCCAGGAAGUUCCGCCUCGAGGACUAUGAGGAUGGUCUCUCCGGGCGCCGGACAAGUCUCACCCGCUCGCCCACGAGCUACUUCGAGGCCCGGCCGGAUCACGGGGGAGCAGACCUCAUCACCAUGUCCUACAGCCUGUCCAUGAUUCCCGACUACUACUCGGCGAUUGACUCUCUGACUUCGCUUCUCUCGCCGCACGGCAUUAUGGGAGUCGUCGACUUUUACGCUCAGUCCCAGGUCGACGUCCGUUUUCGCAACCACACGGGCGGCAUGAUCGGCCGCCACGUCCACUAUCUCGCGCGCACCUUUUGGCGCGCCUGGUUCGACCUGGACCGGGUCUCUCUGGAGCCCGGCCGCCGGGACUACCUGGAGUACCGGCUGGGAACCAUCCUGACGGCUAACCUGCGUAACAAGGCCCUGGGGUCGAUCCCGUACUACAUCUGGCUGGGAUGCCACAAGAAGCCAUUUUCGUCGUCGAGUCUGCCCCACGAAAUCAUCGAGCGGAUCGACGCCCUGGCAACCGAGUCUCCCUACCUGUUACCGUCGAACAAGCCCAAGGGCUCGGACGCCCUGACCCGGGCCGUCGAGAGGACGGCACCAGAGCUGCGGUCCAAGGCGUUCGAUGCCGCCGUGGGGAACCUGUCCGCCAACCUGCCUCUGCCCUCCUUCUUUUACCAGAACCACCACUGGCGCAUCUACUACGACGACCAGCUGGAGAAGCACACGCAGUUCAAGGACGAAUACAUCUACGCCUUCACGUGGGAGGACUCCAAGGUCGACGCGUCGCUGCUGAAACUUGGCCCCGACGACGUCGUGCUGGCCAUUACGAGCGCCGGUGACAAUAUCCUCUCGUACGCCAUGCAGAGCCCCGCCAGGAUCCACGCCGUCGACCUCAACCCGAACCAGAACCAUCUACUGGAACUCAAGGUAGCCUCCCUCACCGCUCUUCCCUACGAGGACUUUUGGAAGAUAUUUGGCGAGGGCAAGCAUCCCGAGUUCCGCUCGCUGCUCCUGUCCAAGCUCUCUCCGCACCUGUCCAGCCGCGCGUUCCAGUACUGGCUCGACAACGUCAGCGUCUUCACCAAGGCCGGCGGCCGAGGCCUCUACGACACGGGCGGGAGCAAGCACGCGAUCCGAGUGUUCCGGUGGAUCUCGCGCAUUUUUGGCUGCCGCAAGGCGGUCGGGGAGCUGCUCGCGGCUGAGACCCUCGCGGAGCAGCGGCGGAUCUGGCACUCCAAGAUCCGCCCGGCCCUGCUCAGCCCACUCGUGAGCAACCUCGUGGUCAGCUCUGAAGCUUUCCUCUGGGCGGCCCUGGGCGUGCCCAAGAACCAGCUCGCCAUGAUCGAGGCCGACCACGCGGUCAGCCCCGCCGUCCGGGGGCCUUCGCCGACCGCCAAAAACACCCGCGCACACGCCAUCUGGCACUACAUGGUCAACACGCUCGACCCGGUCAUCGAAACCACCCACAUCGCCACCGACAACCCGUACUAUCACGUCUGCCUAACCGGCGCCUUCUCGCCGCGUUGUCACCCGAAUUACCUCUCCCGCGAGGCCCACGCCAUCCUGAGCAAGCCGGGCGCCUUUGACGGCCUGCGCAUCCACACGGACGAGAUCGACGAGGUCAUCGCGCGCAUCGCCCCGGGCACCCUGACGGUUGCCAUCAUCAUGGACAGCAUGGACUGGUUUCCCCGGACGACGACGACGACGACGAAAACAAAAACAACCCAGCAGAGCAGCAGCAGCAGCAGCAGCAGUAGUAGCAGUAGUAACCCGGCGGCCGCGCAGAUCCGCAAGCUGAACCGCGCGCUGCGCAUGGGCGGGCGCGUGCUGCUGCGCAGCGCGGCCCGCGAGCCGUGGUACCUGCGCGAGUUCGAGGCGCACGGGUUCGCGGCGACGCGGGCGGGCGACCGCGCCCCCGGCGCCUGCAUCGACCGAGUCAACAUGUACGCGAGCUGCUGGGUGUGCGAGAAGGUGACGAACCUGCCACCACCCACACCGGAGCUGGAGGCGACCCUCGGGGCAAGCGAGGGUGAGGGCGAGGGCGAGGGCGAGGGCGGUCUGGCGGCCAUGACGAUGAUCGGGGAGUAAGGGGGGAAUAUGCCUGCUGAGGUUGUGCGGGUGGUUUUUUUUUUUUCUGCCGGCUUGUUGUGUAAAACAAAACGGCGGACGAUGAUCGGUAGGGGGGGGGGGGGGAAAGUACUGAAAGCGACAAGGUGGAUUUCGUGUUAUUGGUGAGUCCAGGUUCGAGGCCAAACUUUCGACGCGUUUUGGAAGGUGUGAACGUCUCACGCCGUAGGGCGAAUGCGAGCCCAACCCGUUCCAGGGCGUCUCGGGUAC